AUUUACAUCACUGCGGCCCGCAACCCAAGUCAUCAACAAUCAUCCUUCCCCCCCCGCCCGCCUCGCAUUCAUUGCACCUUCCUCCCCUUCCUUCCUUCCUUCCUCCCAUGCGCUAGACUUGCUCUCGCUCCCCCCAUCCCCCUCUCCUCAUCUCGGUCAAAGAGCCCCCCCUUUUCGCUCCUUUGCUACCCAAAAGGCCCCCCGCCAGGCAGUCUUACUUGGCGAGACAGAGACAUCCAGCGCCAGACUGCUGCACCCAGUGGCACCGAGGCCCCCAUCUCCAACUGGCUUGCUAAACACCCACCCACUGCCAAGAGUGACAUUGUCGCAACCACAACCCCCCAUCUGUGCACUGCUCCUGCUUCAACGCUAGAACGAGACCCCAUCGCAUACACGCUCCAUCAUGCCGCCGCCAGCAGGCGAUCCGCACCGCCAGUCGGUCCUCGAGACCAACCCCCAUCUCGCCCAUUAUAUCUUCAAGCUCGUGCUCAGCAACCAAGCGACCUCGCGCGCGCCGAGCGGCACGCAGCAUCCUCUCAGCGUAUCGUCGUCUGGUGAGUCGGAUGACGACGAUGACGGUGGCGAGGGUGCCGAAUCGACAACCACGGCCUCAACCACCGAGCCCUCUGACACGGCCUCUUCUGCCGACGAGAGCGACGCCACCAAGCUGCGCGACAACACGUCCAACGGCCGUCCACCACCUCCUGUUACGACUGGCCCCAGUCGUGAGGAGCGCGAGGAGCUUGUACGCAAGAUCAUCGACCUCCUCGACAAUGACCAGGAGGAGGAUGUCAAGGACCUCCUGCGAGGGCCCAUGGGGGAGUUGGGCAAGGACAAUUUCAUCAUGGACCAAGUGUGUCUCGACUGCAUGCACCGCCAUCGAGACGACGUCAGUGGACUACCCUACCAGGAGGGCAGCUUCACCCCAACACGUGCUAGAAGGCCCUACACUCCCACCGGACUCAGCACACUCCGCGUCCGUACACCUCUUGCUCGUCCCCACUCGCCGGCAGCUCUUGGUUCACCAUCGGGGUCGGGUGCACACACGCCCACAUCCGGCGUUGGCCAUGCUCCGUCUGGCUUGGCCUUGGGCCGUGUCGAAUCCGCUCCCUCGCCGUCCCUCGCACCCGGAGCCCCAGUCGGCCAAUCGUCAUCGGGCUACUCGUCGUCAGGCUCCCCUGUUUUAUCUCCACGCGUCUCACUCAACGUCAAGGCUGCAUCCUUCAACCCGGCUGUCGCAUCUGCACGCAGUAACACGUCGUCACCGCUCAGCGUGACUACUUCUUUUGCACCGAGCGAUCCAUGGCGCGAUGCGAUCAAGGACGAUGCCGCCGCGCCUACCCCUCCCCGUGCGGCUUCGCCUUACAUGUUCAACGCGGCGCAGGGCAUGGUCCGCACUGGCUCCAACCGUGCGAUUGCUGCGCCAAUCAUCAGCGACCCUUCAAGUCCCUUCCACUCGCCUAUGGGGACCCCUACGCGUCCUCAUAUGAAGCUUGGCGCCGACGUUUUCUCGUCGCCAAUGUCUACGACAGCCCGACCUGCGAGUCGCGGUGUCGUCCCCGACGAUGACGACGACGACGAGUUCUCACCCUUUGCCUCGUCGCUGCCCAAGCUCCAUCAUCACGACGGGACAUCGAGCGGUCUCAACUCGGGUGCCAAGCCGUUUGAGCCGUUUGGUGGUGCUGGGGGCGGCGACUCUGGCAGUUCGCAGCAAUCGACGUCGUAUGAUUCGCGCGCAUCGGCUGAGCCAGAGGAAGACCCGUCGAACGCCGGGUCGGGCAUGACCCCGCUCGAUGUCCUGACUUCGGUCUUCUCGACUGUACCGCGCCAAGAGCUCGAGGAUGCGCUGCACCGCGCUGGUUAUGACUUUGAGGCUGCCAUGGCUAUCCUUGUCUCGCAGUACACGCAUCCUCGCUCUGGUGCCUCAACACCGAACCGUGUGUCGUCGCCACGACCAAUGAUCGGCCUGGAUGGUCGUGGAGCCGCAAAUCACCACGCUCCAGGGCAAGGUUACUUCCAGCAAGGCGGCCGAGGCUUUGGUGCAAACGUCAACCCGAACCUUGCUGCCCAGCGCAAUGUCGGUCCGACGAGGAUGUGUCGAUACUUCCUUAAUGGAGAGUGUCGACGAUCCGACUGUCGCUUCAGCCAUGACCUUGACCGUGCUCUGUGUCGCUUCUGGCUUCGCGGCCACUGUGCAAAGGGGCCAAAUUGCGAGUUCCUGCACAACAUGCCCAACAUGGACCCUCUGGCUCUGAACGCGGCCAUGUCGCGCAUGGACAUGAACUCGCCCGGAGGCUCCAUGCCUGGCACACCACCUGUCAACGCGCAGUACGGUGCUGGUGACGACUUCCCCGAUCUCCUUGCGGCGAGAUUAAACCGCACUGUCGGGCGGUUCGACCCAUCGAGGAACCGUUUUGCGAAUGCUGUCAAGAGGCCAGCGCCGGCGCCACCCCCUCAGCACAUUCACAUCACGGGUGGCGCUGUAGGCCGGUUCGCCCCUGCCGCUACUGCUCCUACCAACGAACGACCUGCUGCUCCAUCUCAGCCCGCCGUUCCUCGACCAUCACGCAGGCUCAAGCUUCACGCGCCAACCCUGUUGCCAACACUGACUACCGGUGCUGCGGCGAACGAGCAGUACCUGAGCGCUCGCAAUACUUCGAUUCGCCUUGGCCACGCCCGUAACGCGUGCCUUGCGCGUGCCGCUGAUGCGUUCCGCCGUGGUGACGGCGCAGCUGCCAAGCGCUUCUCGAGAGAGGGCAAAGCGCUCAACGAGAAGAUGCUCAACGAGGCUGCCGAAGCUGCCAACUCGCUCGUCAAGGAGCGCAUGCGCGAGGCACAGCAGGCCGUGCGCGAGCGUGACCCUUCGUGGUCAGACGACCCUCGGGACCGUGCCGAGCGCGGUCGCGAGUGUGGCGCUGGCCUUGGCGUCGUACUCGGCGUGGCAUCGGCAUCCAAGGUACCUGGAGGCGAUCGUCUGUCAUCCGAGGAAAGACUCGAGUGCUUGCUUGAUCUGCACACCCUGCAUGGACAGGAAGGUGUCGACAUUACCGGACAUUUCCUCGCUGAGCUUGAGCGAGAGAGCUACCGCGGUCUGGCGUUCCUCGUGGUCGGAGAGGAGAAGCACGUCGGUACGCAAGACCCGCUGCGUGGCGCGUCCAAGGUCCGCCUCGCCAGCAGCGUCAAGCAGUCGCUGGCUGACUGGGGCUACGCCUGGAGCGAGGGCGCGGGCAUCAUCAAUGUCGACCCGUGCCGUGUGUAAAGCGAGCGCAACCUAGACGCCUGUUCCAACCUGUGUACUACAAGGAGCCUCCCAUCGUGUUAUACAUUAUGGCCACCCUGCACUAUCCUAUCGCCACAUUAAUCCGCCAUCCACACUCGCACAACACAAUGCUCGCACCAUCACCCAUCGACGCUAGCGUAGGAGUAGAGGGGGAAGGGGAGAAGAAGAAGAAGAAGAAGAAG